AUGUCGACAACUACCACAACUUCCACCUUCACUGCUCCUCACACACAACAACCCCUCCGCCUUGCCGUCCAAAAGAAGAAGAUGAGCAUCACCCAGACUUACUACCUCGCCCACAAGGCCCGGGCCAAGCUCUCCUCUGAGGCUGCCCGCGCUGACCACGACCUCCGCCUUCUCGUCGGCCACGCCAAUCUCCUCGACUCCCUCAUGCUUGAGCUCGCCGAUGCCGAGCGGGAACAAGAGAGCUGGUUCAACCAGUCCGUCCGCGGUGCCACCAAGACCGAGUCCGCUCCCGCUGCCACCAAGGACCGUCACAUCCAAUGGGCCGACUCCAUCGCCGAGGACUCGGAGGACCUCUACGAGGAUGACUCCUCCGACUCGGACGACUCUUCCGUCUCCUCUGACGACGACUACGAGGAGGAUGAUAUUGAGAUGGCCGACACCGUCUCCCUCCGCCGCAUGCCCUCCGCCGCCCCCGCUUCUCCGAGAACAUCUACCAUCGAGGUCUCGGAAGACUACGACAUGGAGGAGGACGACCUCGAGGAGGAUUACGCACAGCUCGAGCUCGUCCGCACACCAUCCCACUCCAGCUCCAGCUCACCACCAGAGCUCGAGCACGAGCACGACUCUGACAUCUCAGACGACGAGUCGAUGCCCCCAUCACCGCCAAACGCAGUGCUCACCUUCAACGAGAAGGAGGCCAAGGAAGAGAUCUCUCAACAACAAUCACAACAGGGCGACGGCACCUUCUACUCUGAAGGCUACUACCUGCCGGCCCGCAACCCAGCAAGGCUCGUGUCUGCCAUCUCAGUGUACUAA